GAAUAACAUAAGGGAUUAUACUUUCUUCUUUUCCUUUGUUUUCUAAUAUUCUAUUACGUGUAUUUAGAAAGUUGUCAUGGUAUCAGAGCAUUCGUGAUUUGCUUCCGCAAUUAUGGCGAAUGGAGAAGAAGAAUUGAAGUCUGGAGAUGCUAGAAAAGUAGCCAUCCCAGGAGCAUCACGUAGCAGGUCUUCUACCGAAGUCCAUGCUGCACUUUCUGAAUGCAUGCAUAAAACACUGACUGUUGGGGAAGGUAGUAGCGGCCAGUCCACACUUUUGCCUGGUUUUACACCUGAGCAAUGGAAUACAUUGUUAUCAGUCUCUGGUAAUCCGUCCCCCUCUAAUGAUCAUAUGAUCGGCAAGUUUGAUAAGAAUGCAUGGAUUAUUGAUACAAGUGCCACUAAUCAUGUGUGUGGAAAUUUGACGGUUUUACGCCAAAUUAAAUCUAUCGAGCCUUGCUCUGUUGGUUUACCUGAUGGACAGACUGUUAUGGCUACUCAAGAAGGGCGUGUAAUACUGUCAGAUAAUUUUUAUUUGAAUAAUGUUCUUUAUGUACCUGAGUUGAACUGCAAUCUUAUAUCGGUAUCCCAAAUGAGUGAUCAACUUGAUUGUUUUGUUCAAUUCACUUGUAACUUGUGUGUUAUACAGGAUCGUCUCUCGAGAAGGCUGAUUGGAACGGGUGAACGGAGAAAUGGACUGUAUUAUCUUCGCGAGGAAUCUUCAGCGCAGAUUUUAGCAAUAAGAGAAUCGAAGAAUUUGUUUGUGAACUUAUGGCAUCAAAGGUUGGGACAUCCAUCUUCACAAGUGGUUGAACAUUUGGAUCCUGUAAGUGGUGUGAAGGUUAUUGGAAAUUCACCAUGUGAUGUCUGUUUUAAGGCUAAACAAACUAGGGAUUCUUUUCCUACUAGUAGUUUGAAUAAAACACAUGACAUUUUUGAAUUGAUACAUUGUGAUUUGUGGGGUCCAUACAAUACUCCAUCUUCGUGUGGUGCUAGACUUUUUUUGACCAUUGUGGAUGAUUAUUCUCGUGCUGUGUGGGUUUAUCUGCUUGUAGAUAAAAAGGAAGUUUUUAAAAUGUUCCUUUCUUUUGUUGCUAUGGUGGAACGUCAGUUCUCUAAGAAAAUUAUUACUGUGAGAAGUGACAAUGGGACAGAAUUUAAUUGUCUGAAAGAUUUUUUCCGGAAUAGUGGAAUUGUUUUUCAGACAUCUUGUGUUGGCACGCCACAACAAAAUGGCCGGGUUGAGCGUAAACACCGGCAUAUUUUGAAUGUAGCCCGUGCUUUGAGAUUUCAGGGACAUUUGCCUAUUUCUUUUUGGGGUGAAUGUGUUCUUACCGCAUCUCAUCUCAUUAACCGGACCCCUUCCGCUAUACAUAAUUUCAAAACACCUUAUGAAAUUUUAUUUGGUGUACCACCAUGUUACCAGUCUCUGCGUGUUUUUGGAUGCCUGUGUUAUGCUUAUAAUAUGAGGUCCAGAAGUGACAAAUUUCUCAGUCGCAGCAGAAAAUGUAUUUUUUUGGGUUAUCCGUUUGGCAAGAAAGGAUGGAAUGUUUAUGAUAUUGAGACUCGGGAAUACUUUAUAUCACGUGAUGUCAAAUUUUUUGAGAAUAUAUUCCCAUUUGCUAAUUCUUUUCCACCCUCUGAGCAUCCUCCUGAAGCAAUUGAUUUUCCCCCCCAUGAUUACUUUGAUUUGACGGCACUUGGGUUUCCUCCCACUUUCAAUGCAAGUACUGCUACGGAAAUGUCUUCUACUCCCACGCAGUCCGCUACUUUGGACACUCAGCUCCAGCAUGAUAUGCCACCGGUCACUGAGGAAGCUUCCCAGCCAGCGAGUUCUGAGACAUCUGCUACAAGGACCAUGUCACCGGCCACUAAGGAAUCCGCCCAGCCAACUGAUUUGGGGCGCGGGCAGCGUACACGGGUGCCAUCUGUACGCCUUAAGGACUACGUUACUCACACAAUUAUUAAAAACAGUCCAUUCUCCGUUCCUCCUGUUUCGUCGCCCUCUUCCGGUACGCCGUUCCCUAUAACUCAUUAUGUUGCUUGUGAUAAAUUUUCUCCGAAACAUGUAGCUUAUUUGGCAGCUCUUGACUCUAUAACGGAGCCCCGAACAUUCCAUGAUGCUGUUAAACAUAAUGGAUGGCGUCAGGCUAUGCGUGACGAAAUUGCAGCCCUUGAAAAGAAUUCUACUUGGAGUCUUGUUCCCUUGCCUACUGGCAAACGAGCCUUAGGGUGUCGAUGGGUUUAUAAAGUUAAACAUAAAUCUGAUGGCAGUGUUGAACGCCUUAAAGCCCGACUGGUUAUUUUUGGUAAUCGACAAGUAGCUGGUCUGGACUAUACCGAAACUUUUGCUCCAGUUGCUAAAAUGGUUACUGUGCGUGCGUUUCUUGCUAUUGCCGCUUGUAAAAACUGGGAACUUCAUCAAAUGGAUGUGCACAAUGCAUUUCUUCAUGGCGAUCUACAUGAAGAAGUAUACAUGACUAUUCCUCCUGGCUACACCACCACCGACUCAUCUCUGGUGUGUCGCCUCCAUAAAUCUCUAUAUGGCCUUAAACAAGCUCCGCGAUGUUUGUUCGCAAAAUUGGUCACCGCACUUAAGGCAUAUGGUUUUCUCCAGUCUUAUGCUGAUUAUUCUUUGUUUACACUUAACCGUGGUAUUAUUCAGCUUAAUGUACUGGUGUAUGUGGAUGAUCUUCUUAUCUCUGGAAAUGACAGUGCCGCCAUUGCUGGAUUUAAAUCAUAUCUUCAUACUUGUUUUCAUAUGAAAGAUUUGGGCACUCUUAAAUAUUUUCUUGGUAUUGAGGUAGCCCGUAGCUCCUC